AUGACUUCUCACAUAGAGCAGCCGAUAACGCUGAAGAAUGGCUUGACGAUACCAAAUAGGCUAGCCAAGUCUGCCAUGGCAGAGAACCUAGCAGAUGCAGACCUUUUGCCAACCGAUCAAGUCUAUACUGCUUACAAGACCUGGGCCAGUGGCGGCUGGGGACUUAUAAUCACAGGGAAUGUGCAGGUUGAUCCCCGUCACCUGGGCCAAGCUGGAGAUAUUGCCAACAAUGACUCCAUCGACAGGAGUCGCAUUCUGACCAGCUGGAAGAAGUGGGCAUCCGUCUCUAGAAGCGGCGGAACUCCAACAGUAGUCCAGAUCAGCCAUCCCGGUCGGCAAUCUCCACUCGGCGCUGGUACUCGAGGUCUCUUCGACAAGACGCUCGCUCCAAGCGCUAUUCCUCUGCGACUCGGCAAAGGCGUCUUCGCGGGGGUGGUCUCCAGGCUUCUGUUUGGAACCCCGAGAGCCAUGACGGUCACGGAGAUUCUAGAUAUCCAAGAACGCUUCGUCAAGACAGCAGUACUUGCUUCUGAUGCAGGAUUCGAUGGCAUAGAGCUUCACGGAGCACACGGAUACCUACUCUCACAAUUCUUAAAUCCCAAGACUAACCACCGAACUGAUGAGUAUGGAGGAUCAGCUGCCGCGAGAGCAAAGAUUGUGGUGGAUAUUAUCAAGGCAAUUCGCAAGGCCGUGCCACGAAGCUUUACAGUUGGUAUCAAGUUCAACUCGGUUGAUCAUCAGUCUUCACAAGCUUUGGAGGAGUGCAUCGAGCAACUCCGCUUGAUCACAGAUGCCGGAAUCGAUUUCCUCGAAAUCAGCGGUGGAAGUUAUGAAGAUCCACCUGGUGUUGUCGAUCCCGAUAAAGUCACAGCCGCCAAGAAAGAAAGCACAAAGGCACGAGAAGCCUUCUUUCUCGACUUUGCAAUAGCCAUCAGAGACCAAUUCCCUGGUCUUCCGUUGCUCGUUACUGGCGGUUUCCGUAGCCGCAAGGUGAUACAGGAUGCAUUGGCAAGCGGGUCUCUUGACCUUGUUGGUCUAGCCCGGCCAGCAAUGCUGGACCCCUCUGUCCCGAACAAUACUCUCUUGGACAAGAGCAAGAAAGACGAUGAGGCGCGAGCCAUCGCAAUUUCCAUUCCAACCCCGUGGUUGCUGAAGAAGAUUGGCAAUUAUGUCAUCGGAGCGGGUUAUGAAACGGCCUGGUAUGGAAGGAAGAUCAAGACCCUGGGCAAAGACUAA